GGAGAAUAGGACUUCCUCCGUUCCACCCCAACAUCACCAAACCACAUCGAAGCAUAGCUCAACAUUCACGAUACUAUACCUUGGGCGUCGUACUAUCACUCAAAGGAAUGUUCCUACGAAUUGUCGACCGUUGCCCAGCAUGAACUGCCAAAAGUGUCGCACCCCACUCAAGCUGGACAGCUCCUUAGAGGACUUGAAUCCAGCAGCAUAUGAUCUGCUCGUGGCCACUCACUCUCAACAAACGCCCAAGAAAGCGCUGUCCUCUAUCUCCGAAUCGUCGACGACACACCGAUCCCUCCAUGAGCGCGAGAGGAGAUCACUCUAUGAAAAGGCGUUGCGGUCAUCGCAUCAGCCCAUGUUUAAGAGGCAUGCCGGACCAGGCCGAGGAGGAGGAGGGGACGGCGCACUACGAGACAACCCAGCCAUGUCAUUUGUAUUGCUCACUGAAUCUCAGAUUGCGUCCUCCGACGCGUUGUCUCUCCAGAAGAACAACCGCUCAUCAGCCCAAGACUUAUCCUCCGAUACAUAUAGCAGCAACAACAACAACACCAAUAACAACAAUGUGGGAGCAUCUGAAGAAGACGACAUGGCUAAUGCCCAUCUGUCGGACCAAAUGGAGCGCAUUCUCAAACUGUUCGAGGUCAUUAGUGCUCGAUCCGACAUAGACCACCCAAUAUGUAUCGAGUGCUCCGACAUGCUGGUGGAGGAAAUGCAAAAGAAGCUCGAGGCUGCCAACCGGGAGAAGGACGCAUAUGUCAACUAUCUCAAGGAGCUAAAAGCCUCCGAGCCAACGGACGAGGAGAUUCGAGCACAAGAGGAGGCCACCCGCAAAGCGAAGCAGGCAGAAAAGGAGUUGCUGGAAGAACUCAAGGCCCUCGAGCAGGAACAGGCGGCCCUGGAGAGGGAGAAGUUUGAGCUAGAGGCGGAAAUACGCGAGGUGGACAUCAAGGAAGAAGAGUUCUGGCGAGCGCGAAAUGCCUUCAACACCACCCUGAUCGAUUUCCAGAACGAGCGGGACAGCAUCAACAGCAAGUUCGACCAUGACUCCCGGCAGUUGGAGAAGCUCCAGCGCAGUAAUGUUUUUAACGAUACAUUCUGCAUCAGCCACGACGGUACCUUUGCCACCAUCAACGGCCUCCGUCUCGGGCGCAUGCACAACGUCCCCGUCGACUGGCCCGAAAUCAACGCGGCAUGGGGCCACGCCCUCUUGCUACUCGUCACCGUGGCCGAGAAACUCAACUUCCGCUUCGAAGGCUAUGAACCGCAGCCCAUGGGCUCAACGUCGCGCAUCGUCCGCAUCGAACCUGCUUCAACGUCCAUGGCAUCAUCCUUCUACCCUAGCCGACCCGUGGACGCCAACGCCCCGCCGCCGCCCGCCAAGCGGACCGUCCUCGAGCUUUACUCCAGCGGUGAUUUUCCCCUCGGCUUUACUUUUAUUCAUCGCAAGUUCGACACGGCCAUGGUGGCUUUUCUCGAGUUGGUGCGCCAGCUGGGCGUUCACGUGCAGGAACAGACGCGGAGGGAAGGUAAUCCACUUAGCCUCCCUUAUCAGAUCCAGGGUGACAAGAUAUCGGACGUCUCCAUCAAAUUGGGCGUUCAGCAGGACGAUAGCUGGGCUAAGGCCUGCAAGUUGACGUUGACUUGCUGCAAGUUCUUGCUCGCGCAUGCAAGUAAUGUGAGUGCGUCAUCGACGGCGAGGGCGAAUGCCUUGGGGUUGUAAAACUUUUGAGUAUAUCGUUAGGGUCUCGG